GCAGGGUGGAGACUCCUGAGGGGGCUGGUUUCACUCGCUCUCACUUCCCUGUCGGCACAGUGUGGAAGACGGCAGGCACCGAGGCAGAGCCGGACACUGACUGAACUCCCACCAGCCUCUCAUUCAGGAGCGAAAGAAUGCUUUACACUGAGUUACUGCAGUUGUGGGACAAGGCGGUGCAGGCGCUGGAUGCCAAGGACUGGCAGGGGGCUCUGGCCACACUCGAGCAGAUCAGUGAACCCACAUCUCGCACCCUGUUCAACGCUGCCUCGGCUCACCUGGCUCUGGGACAGCUGGACCUGGCCCUGAAGGAUUUAGACCUCACCAUUGCCAAGGAUGAACGUCUUGCUGUUGGCUUCUUCCAGAGAGCAGCAGUGAUGAUGCAGGUUGACAGGUGGGAAGAGGCUCUGUCAGACUGUAUCUGGGCACAGAAGCACAUGAGAGGAAACGCGGUCAUUGACUACAGGCAGCUGGGACUGCGAUUCAAACUCUACAGCUGGCAGGUGUUAUAUAAUGCAGCAGCUGUGUACUGUCGGAUGGGCCAGUGGGGGCAGGCCAGGGAGGUCCUGCUGUCAGCUUCCCAGGAGAGAGGGGGAGGUCGAGGGGGGUACAUAGAGGUGGCUUUGGACACCGUAAUGCGGGAGGAGAUCCUGGCCCCUCUGCUGGUGCCUGAGGGUGUGGUGUUUCGUCCCAGGAAACAGGAUGUGGAGCAGCUGCAGCAGCGAGACUUCCUGGGCAAAGCAAAGGUGAUUUCCUCCAUGAUUCCCAAUGAUGAUUUUGGAGGCUUUGAACCUCUGAGGCUGCAGAAACCUGGUUUCUAUGAGCCCAAGGUGGACGGAACAGACGAUUCUCGAUACAUGCGCAUGCGGACCCCAUACAUGGCUCGGGGCCCAGGACAGCUGACGGUGCCAGGAGGGGCCAUGGUCUUUUUAUUUGGCCAGGAGGACAGGGAUGGUAUGGCGACUGUGAUAUAUGAUGGACAGAGAGGACUUCUGCCAGUGUCCCUGCUUGAGCCUGCAGAUGUCAAGACGUCCAAAAGCAAAAAGGAGAAUAAAAUUCCCAGUGGGAUCCCUCUCCCACCAGGACUCAAGCCACCCACUCGGCCAAGGGCGCAGCCCAGCCCUGUAGCUCCUCCUCAGGUACGCUUUCCCUCAGACACUCCACCUCCAUCCUACACUACAGCCACCCACGCACCGCUGCCAGCCUCAGAGCCUCCCAAGUACACAGCCAACACAGCCAGCCACCAGCACGGUGGCACAGCUCAGGGUGCAGAGGCGGGCUCUGUGGUGGUGAAGGUCCACUACACAUACACUGUGGCUCUGUCUGUCCCUCUGGACACACCGUACCAUGAACUGAAGGAACAAAUCGCGCAGAAAUUGGGCCAGCCAGUGUCUCAGUUGCGCCUCAGGCAUAAGCAGCAUGGCUCCCGGGUGCUGACACCUCUGGAUGGAGAGGUGGAGCCGGGCCACACUGUGCAGGAGGUGGCUGAGGCUGGCAGAGCCACCCUGUGGUGCCAGACAGAACACCCCCUGCCGAACCGUACCAUCCUCUACCAGAUGGUGGCGCUGUAUGACUACGCUGCUGAGGGCCCAGAGGACCUGGAGUUCAGCGAAGGAGACACCAUCGACAUCCUGGGCGAAGUUAAUGAGGAGUGGCUGGAGGGACACUGUGCAGGAAGUAUCGGCAUCUUCCCCAGCUGCUUUGCCUACAGGGAGAACGCCAACAUCACUCAGAGCCUUGAGUUAUAAAAGCAGGCGUGUUAGUGUGCAGUCAUCUCGAAUAAAUGAUAUAACCUGCGAACGGUUGCUGUUUACAGCCUACCAACAACCACACAACACCCUUACAGGGACAUGCAGCGCCCUCGGACUCAGACUUUAUUGUGCUUUGAACACAAUUCUUACUCACAUGAUAUCACUGUAAUGCUGCUGUAGUGGCUCAGAGUACGGCCACGGUACUGAGGAGCAUGUUUAUAUUAAACCUGCUGUACUUUUCUUGUUAUAUCCCAUGGUAUCACUGUAAUAUUCCUCUUGUAUCCUACUAUAUCCAAAUCUGGGUUUAUACUGAUCAUUAUGAUAUUUCUAGUUUCUGAUUAUCCUGGUUCGGCAACUUUAAAGUGUGGUGAGGUUGCUCUGUAGCAAGGGAUUAAUAUUGUAUCCUGCAUCCUAAUACAUUUUCUUAAUGUUGUUUAUUGCAUCUCAAUGUGUCCUUAAUGAUUGAAUGAAUGUAUCAUGAAUUUAUUAGUGAUAUAGGAUUUACAUACACUGGCUAUAAAAAGUGUUUAUGCAAUGUGAUGGUUUUACAACAUGGAAUCCUAGUAGCUUCAUAGGUUUAUGCUAUUGUUUGGUAAGAAAAUACUCAAAAUGAUCAAACAACAUUCUACAAUUUCAUAUACAUUGGUUAAAUAAACUGGGAGAAAACUACUGAAUCCUAUGUUUAUUUAAAGUGUGUUUACUGACUAUAGUUUUACAAAGUGUUCCUGAGCCCAUGUGUCGUAAUCUCGCUCCAGCCUGGCUUGUGAACCACUGAGCCUUUCCAGGAUGCCCCUUUCAUACCCAAUCAUGA